AUGUCAGCAACACCUGAUGGCAAGCCCACAGAGGCGCUGCCGUGGCAAGGCAACGUGCUGGCCAGCACCGAUGUGAAGGAGUACUGGUACGCAGUGUCCACUACGGCACAGCUUACAGCGGAUCGUCCUCAUCCGGUGCGUGUCCUUGGUGAGCCUUUGGCCCUUUUUCGCGAUGAGAAGAAGGUUGCCCGGGCUUUUGCAGACAGAUGCCCGCACAAGAAUGUGAAGCUCUCAGACGGCAAGAUGAACAAAGGGACGCUGGAAUGCUUCUACCACGGAUGGACAUUUGACAGCACAUCAGGAGCGGUUACGAAAGUUCCCGCCCUUCCGAGCGACUGUCAGCUUCCAAAGCAGUGUGUGAAGACCUUCCCAUGCAUUGAGAAGAAUGACAUUAUUUGGGUUUAUCCCGGCAACCCAGCAAAUGCGGAUCCAAAGAAGAUUCACAGCCGACCAAUCCAAACAGACUACAAGAAAAAGGGUUUCUGGCGGAACGAGACAGUGAUUGACUUGCCCUGCGACCAUUCGUACUUCGUGGAGAACUUGAUGGACAUCGCUCACACUCCUUGGGCACACGACGGUUGCUUCAAUCAUCGCGACGAUGCUGUGCCUUUGAAACCCCAAUUUCACAUGACGCCCUCUGGGAUGCAUGGCUUCUUGGAGAAAGUCCUCAACAAUGGCAACCCGAACAGUUUGGAGUUCGAAUGGACUGCUCCCUGCACCAAUGAGGUCAUCGUUCGAAAGACGGGCCACAAGGACUGCAUCCACCUGUUCUUCUACAGCCUGCCCACAGCACCGGGGCAGAUGAGGCAUAUCAACAUAACAUACAUGAACAUUCUAUGGUUUCUUCAGUACAUCCCCAGAACAUUGCUUCCCGCAUCCCAAUCGGAUUUGGCUGUCAUACACGGAGACACCGUUGCGAUGAUGUCACAGGCCAGGAACAUGAAAGAAGGCUGCCCGCACAUUACUGUGGCGACUCCCAGCGACGAAAUGGCCAUCAAGUAUCGCAAGUGGUACUCAAAGGCUUUCGGGAGCAGCAGUGAUGGAGAAAAAGGCGGCCCAUGGUGGAAGGGUUGGGAUGGAAAGCUGGACCUGGAAGACCUGGCGACCAGUGCCAUGGAAACGUGCUUACCACAAUUCAGCCGGGGCGUCUACGAACGAGCUGCUGCAGGAACCAACUCAAGCACCGACUCCGAGUACAUUGUUGAGAUGUGGAAGGUUCAGCAGCGGCGCCGUAAGCCACUGGGCUUCGAGAAGCCAUCCCAGUGGUCCUCACUUUCGAUUCUUCUUGGCAUUGCGGUUGGAGCUGCGGCUGCCGUGAUGGUCAUGAAACGCAAUCCCUGA